UGGCAACAUUUUUAACCUUUCACCUUUCAGGCAUGCGCACUAACGGAACGCUGUGACGAGAAGGAGUGCCGUGUUUUUCUUGACAAAUUUUCGUCUACUUGAACGUAAAACUGGAGCUCAAGAUGCCUGUUGUGGACGGCAAUGUGGACAGCGAGGGUGAGGAUAUGGACCAGAGCACCCCAGACAGCGACAAGAGUAAUUCUGAAGAAUCUGCGACUUCGUCAGCGUCCGAGGAAGACGACGAGAGUUCAGCUGGGCUUUUCUUCUGCUUUGCAGAACUUGAUGAGGAGGACUGUGACCGAAGACGGACAGAAUGUAUGGCAGACAUGGCCGACCUGGAGAGGCAGUUCACAGACCUCAAAGAGCAGUUGUACAGAGAACGGAUGAGCCAGAUUGAAGCUAAGUUAGAAGAAGCCAAGAUGGGCUGUGCACCUGAGUAUGUGGAACCGCUCACACAGCUCCGUGUCAACAUGCAGACUCGUACAGAGGUCGCAGGUAUUGUGAGAGAACUGAAGAUACAGAACAUCAGAAACCAGUAUGAAGCAGAGUUACAGGCAACAAGACAACACUUCGAGAGUGAGAAGUUGCUUCUGGUGGACGAGAUGAGAAACGAGAUUGAGGAAAAGAUCCGGAGAUUGGAAGAGGACAGGCACAGUGCAGAUCUAUCAACAGACUUGUGGACAGAAUCAGAACAAGUGAAGCGCAGCAGCCGGAGAAAAACAGACCCUCUGCAUCCCAAGAAGAAGAAGACAGUCACCAUUUCUGGUCCAUAUCUUGUCUAUCAGCUGAAGGAAAAUGACAUCCUUGAAGACUGGACAGCCAUUAGAAAGAACACACGCCAGCCGACCACCAAUCAGCAAAAGAUGACAGUAGCAAGAAGAAGAUUGUCGGCCGGUGGCCACUCCCACCGGUCAGGAAGAGAGAAUGGUAUGGGGGAUCGUUUGGACUACUAACAUGCCCUCCCCAGGAAAGCAGCUGUGGGGAAGGGACGACAACCUGGGAAAAGGAAGAUGAACCACUGAAAUCACCACCGUCAUCUCUUUUAUCAACUUCUGCUUUAAGUUAAAGCAAGAUAUUUCUCCCAGAUAUUCAACUCUAAAUCUUUAGGGGGAUGGGCAUUGUUGGUGCUUGUCAAGCUGUACCUAGCCUGGAAUCCAGCCGUAUUGUGCUUUGGUCGCUCCCUGAGGUAUGCUUCCUGCCAAUACAGCGACCAAAGCACAACACAGCUGGAUUCUAGGCUAAGCUGUACCAUCAUGACAGUGACAGCAUUGUUGCCUUAAACAAUGGUGAUAUUGAUAUUAAGAGACAGACGGAAGCUUGUACAUGUAUCUUUACUCCUUACCAUUUUUUUACCAUUCGUAAAUGCUUAGAGAAUAUCAUAUAUUUUCUUGUAUUGUAUUCAUUAACAUUGUACUGUAUUCAUUGACGUCUAUGACCUGUAUCACAAGUUGGUCUAUCUGAUAGAUUUUUUUUCAAAACCAGACAUUGUAAUCAAGUUACAGUAGUUCCAGAUGUUGUAAAUUAUUCUUGACAUAGUUAAAUUGGAAGCAUAAGUGAUAAAGUUUCUUCCAGACAUCUCAGGACAAAACUCACGGACACUUUGUUGUCAUUCCUCCCCAUCAAGCAUCUGUCAGGAAAAGCCUAUGGGAAGCACAGUUUGUGAAAAUGUGACCAUUGAGCAAAACGGAAAGACAAAGCUCAAAUGAUUAUUGACUACUGAUUAUUGUGAACUUAUCAAGUAUAUUCUGCCUGUGUAUACAACUGCCUGUGUCCAGCCUGUUGUGAGUAUUUCUCUAUGCAUGUUUUUUUGUGUGUAAAUGAACCUCUAGGAAAGAGAUGUGCACAAAAUACUGGCAUCAUCAUUGUAUCAGGAUGUGGCAAGUCACGGCGUAAGCCUGUGUGAUCUCCAACCAGAUUUCAGUCCAAUCACCCAAACUCUGUGCUCUCUACUGUUGUUUGACAAGGUGUGAAGUGGCUCAAUGACCAGACAGGUGUCUUGGGCAAGUAGGGAUUGGGGUGAGGCACUACUUUGAAAAUACAUGUGGAAAUUAAAGAUGGAGUUAUUUUUUUUUAAUUCUUGAGUAGCUGGGAAGCAAGAACUCUAUAUGGUCCAUAUACAUGUAUUGUGUAUCUGAAGGGCUCUGAGAUUUUCCGUCAUUUAAAAGUUUUGCCAGUGUUGUCCUCAAAACUGUGAUCAGAAUGUCAUGACGUCAAGAGAUCGUCUGUUUGGGUAUGAAUCUUUAGUUGCCUGGGUUGGACAAAAAAAUUGGCACACUCACUACCAGCAGUAGUUGGUAAGUGUCGACAAGACUAGAUGUAAAUGCUAAUGUGUGAACUCAGUGGAAAAAAGCACAGGUAACUUAAAAGCCAUGUUCUUCCACAAUAUAAGCACAGGUCUUGUACACGUAGGAUAUGCAUGUGCUGUGUAUAAUGUAUUUUCACUGUCAGAGCCUUGUAACUGCUGGAUCAUAGUAAAUAGUGUCAUCACAUGUACAUAAGAACAUGAAAUAAAGAACCUAUGGAA